AUGGUUUCUCUUUAUAAUAACAGGCUAAAUGGUAUAUUGGCCGAUGAGAUGGGUUUGGGUAAGACCAUUCAAACUAUAUCUCUCAUUACUUACAUUGUGGAAGUGAAGAAGAUCAAUGGCCCAUUCUUGGUGAUUGUUCCAUUGUCAACGUUAACUAAUUGGAAUUUAGAAUUCGAGAAAUGGGCUCCAUCGGUAAAGAAGAUCACCUACAAGGGAACUCCUAACCAAAGAAAGAGCCUCCAGUUUGAAGUGAGGAAAGGGGAUUUCCAAAUUUUGUUGACCACUUUUGAAUACAUCAUCAAGGACAAGAGUGUGUUGGCAAAGGUGAAAUGGAUUCACAUGAUUAUUGAUGAAGGUCACAGAAUGAAGAAUGCCAACUCGAAGUUAUCCGAAACUUUAACCCAUCACUACCACAGUGACUACAGAUUGAUUUUGACUGGUACACCAUUGCAAAACAAUUUACCCGAAUUAUGGGCACUUUUGAACUUUGUGCUUCCAAAAAUCUUCAACUCUGUGAAGUCUUUCGACGAGUGGUUUAACACACCUUUUGCAAACACCGGUGGGCAAGACAAAAUCGAACUCAGUGAAGAAGAGACUCUUUUAGUCAUUAGGCGUCUUCAUAAAGUUUUACGUCCUUUCUUAUUGAGAAGAUUGAAAAAGGAUGUCGAGAAGGACUUGCCAAACAAGGUUGAAAAAGUUGUAAAGUGUCGCAUGUCAUCUUUGCAAUCCAAAUUGUAUCAACAAAUGUUGAAGUACAAUUUGCUAUUCUCCAGCAAUCCCGAUGGAGAUGGUAAGCCGAUUGCCAUUAAAAACACGAAUAAUCAGAUUAUGCAAUUGAGAAAGAUUUGCAAUCAUCCUUUUGUGUAUGAAGAAGUUGAAAAUAUGAUCAAUCCCACUGCUGAUACCAAUGAUGAAAUUUGGAGAGUUGCUGGAAAGUUUGAGUUGCUUGACCGUAUCUUGCCCAAAUUGAAAGCCACCGGUCAUAGAGUAUUGAUUUUCUUUCAAAUGACCCUGAUCAUGAAUAUUAUGGAGGAUUUUUUGCGUCUUCGUGAUCUCAAGUAUAUGAGAUUGGACGGUGCAACUAAGGCAGAUGAUAGAACGGGAUUGUUGAAGCUUUUUAAUGAAGAGAAUUCCGAUUAUUUCUGCUUCCUUUUGUCUACAAGAGCUGGUGGUCUAGGAUUGAAUUUGCAAACUGCUGACACGGUUAUUAUUUUUGAUUCUGACUGGAAUCCUCAUCAAGAUCUUCAGGCGCAAGAUCGUGCACAUCGUAUUGGCCAAAAGAACGAGGUACGUAUCAUCCGAUUGAUCACGGAAGACUCUGUCGAAGAAAUGAUUUUAGAAAGAGCUCAUGCCAAGUUGGAGAUUGAUGGCAAAGUCAUUCAAGCAGGAAAAUUUGAUAAUAAAUCCACCACCGAAGAGCAGGAAGCGCUCUUGCGUGCAUUAUUUGUGAAGGAAGAAGAGCGUAAAGCCAAAACCUCUGCAAUGGAUGGCGACGACGAGUUGGACGACGAUGAGCUCAAUCAAAUAUUGUCGCGUGAUGAUACUGAAUUAGUUGUAUUCAGACAAUUGGAUGAAGCUAGAAAUUUGGAAACAAAGCAGGCUUCGUAUCCCACAAGACUUUUUUCAGAGCAGGAGCUUCCAGACUUUUACAAGACCAACUUCGAUAUAUACUUCGACAAGGACAUUGUGAACGCUGAUGAUUAUGGACGGGGAGCUCGUGAAAGAAAGACCGCGCUUUAUGAUGACAAUCUCACUGAAGAACAGUGGCUCAAGCAAAUUUGA